UGGGUAAAGGGAAAUGGAAGUCUACAGACUGGGAUAAGAGAUUGAAGUCCGAAUGUGGAACUUGUUUUUGUCUGUGAGGAAAUACUUUAAGGGAAAUGUAUCUUAGGGCCUUUUGUGUGCGUUACCUUUCAUGCGCAAACCAGUAAUGGAUUAGAGAACUAGUAGAUUCCUCUCAGAUUUGAUGAUUGAUUUGAUCAGAUGAGCAGCCUCAGUCAGUGCAGUGAACAGACCGACAACAGCAACAGCCUCCAUUCCUCAGCUGCCUCUCCUCAGCCCAUGACUGCUGCACUACAGCAUGUAGACAGCAGUGCUUUCUCCUGGGGCUUUUGCAAAUGAAAAUGGAGGACGUGUCUCUGUCCAGUAUGGACAACAGUAAGAUGGAGGGCUUUGCUCAAGAGAUCCUGUCUGAUCUGGUGGAGGACGCUUGUUUGGGGCUUUGUUUCGAGGUUCACAGGGCUGUCAAACAGGGAUACUUUUUCCUGGAUGAUACAGACCAGGAGAGUAUGAAGGACUUUGAAAUCGUGGACCAGCCUGGAGUAGAUAUUUUCGGGCAAGUGUACAACCAGUGGAAAAACAAAGAGUGCGUGUGUCCCAACUGCAGCCGGAGCAUCGCUGCCUCACGGUUUGCUCCUCACCUGGAGAAAUGCCUCGGCAUGGGCCGCAACAGCAGUCGCAUUGCCAACCGAAGAAUUGCGAGUGGCAACAACACAAACAAAUCAGAGAGCGAUCAAGAGGACAAUGAUGAUGUCAAUGACAAUGACUGGUCUUAUGGGGCAGAAAAGAAAGCCAAGAAGAGAAAGUCAGAUAAGGUAUUUUUACAUUCUUUGAAACAGCCUGUGCACUUGAAUCCAAAUUCACCAAGAAGAUCCAAAUCCAUGAAACAUAAAAAUGACUGAACAGAAGAAACGAACCGGGGAAAAUUUCCACGUCAAAGAAGGCAGAGCCUCAGAGCACACCUACUCAUUAUGCAAUCGUCACGGACCAAUGGUAGUUCGAAGGCAUUUACCAGCCAGAGCAAACCUUUCCAGAAAGUUUGCUUUUGCAAGCUGUUUCGAACACCCAAAGCGAACUCCAAAUGAUUUUGUUCGAAAUUACAUCACACCAGUUCGUUCUUCGAUUUCACUUGCAGUAUAUGGGGCCUGUAGUGGUCAUUCACACAGAACUUGUUUUUGCUUUGAAAAAUGUGACAUUGGAAAUGGGGGGAAAACGCAAGACGCAUUUAUUUUGGAAUUAAACUUCUUUUGCUUAAUUGUCAAACACGACCAUCUAGCGCAUGUUUACAAAGAAACACAAUGGAAAUGCAGUGGAGUGGAAUACAAAAACAUUCUGUGUUAACGGCCCCUUAAGUUGCAUUCAGCAAGUCCAAGGUCCAAUUUAAAAGGUUUACAUGCCGGUUAAAAAUGUUGUAAGUGAUAAUGUAUGCUAGCAGUCAACGGUCUUUGAGUUAUUGAAAGUUUUUGAAAAUAAUUUUAUUUAACUGUCUGGUGAAUGGUUUUCUUGAGCUUUGCUUGGUCCUAAGCGAUGUGUGGAGAACUGGGACAGUUCGUGCGUGUUGCUAAGAGAUGAGACAUUCUCUCAAUAACACUGUGGGUAGCAGGAGUCACUAACUACCCACAGUGCCACACAGUUCACCUUAUCACGGGAUUGUGUGAUCUGAAUUAUGCUGAUCAGUGGAGGAGAUGUGGACUAAUUCUUCUGUCAUUCAGUUUACUUUUUCUCUUUUUUUCUUGUCUUCAUUAUUUUUUUGCACAAUCUCUCAUAUCCUGUUCAUGCAGCUUUGAUGGCUGGUUUCUCAAAAAUGACACAUCUAUGAUAGAGGAACUUGCACGAUUCUCUCAGGGAGGAAGUAAGAACUCAUUGUAUCAGUAGACAGACGCUGGGCCAGUUGAGCUCUCCCAUCACUAAGGUGCAGGAUUCUUUCUAAAUGAACGAUUCUCAUAUGCAGUCUUUCAUUCUGGGAGGAUUUUGCAACAGUUAAUAAUUAAAUUGUUAAAGAUUAAUAACAAAAAAUAUAAAACAUAAAUCAGUGUGAACAGUUCCCAGUCAGUCCUAAUCGAGUAAUUACUACACAGGUUUUUAUUACAUUUUUGGAGAAUCAUGAUCCAGUAGAGUAUUUUCUUCUCUCUAUAGUUUAAUAGCCAAAGUGUGGUACAAUUGUACUAUAUUAUGUCACUAGAUCUAUAGCACAUCAUCAUACUACGUUUUUUUUCAAUAGCAAGUUAUUGAUUACAAAGAGAGCGAAGACAGUUUGGCAUAGAUCUCCAAAAAGAAUUAAGGCUUGAGAAUAUCUUUAUCAUUGAAAUGUUUUUCUUUUCUCGUUUUUUUUUUUAUGUUUUAGAUGUUUACAGUGUAAGGUGUCCUGUGCGGUCUCACUUUGUUUGUGACUGUGUGUAUAUAUAUAUUUGACUAGGUGAAAGAUGCUGCUAUCCUGACUGUGAGCCGUACGCUUAUGGACAUGUCAUGUAAUAAAAGAUCAGAACUCUGAA